CGGCAUUGAAAACAAUACAAACAACCCAUCGUGGCGCUGAGAGAAAGUUUGGAAAUGACUAACUUUGACAUCAAAGUCGUAUCUGAUACAGUGUGCCCGUGGUGCUAUGUCGGCAAGAAACGACUGGAGAAGGGGAUCGAAACCUACAAAGCGAAGCAUCCCGACUCUAACGAUAGCUUUUCCACCACCUGGUUUCCUUUCUACUUGAAUCCCGAUGCCCCCAAAAGCAUCGACAAGCAGGAAUACUACAAAGCCAAAUUCGGAGAAGCACGCACCAUGAUGAUGUUCGAGCGACUCGGAAAGCUAGGGAAGACAGAAGGAAUCAACUUCAAGUUUGGGGGCAGGACCGGAAACACCCGCGACUCUCACCGGCUUGUGCAGCUCGGCAAGGCCAGAUCGCCCCUGGUGCAAACGAGAGUCAUUGAGGAGCUCUUCGCAGCUUACUUUGAAAACGAGAAGGACAUCACGUCGGAAGAUGUUCUCGUCGAAGCAGGAGUCAAGGCGGGGCUCGGUGAGGCGGAGACGAAGGAGUGGCUCGAGAACGGUAAAGGAGGACCUGAGGUCGACAAAGAGGUGCAGGAUGCAUAUGAGCAGAGCAUCAGUGGGGUCCCCAACUUCACCAUCAACGACCAGUUUGAGAUUGGUGGAGCGCAGGAGCCGGCGGCAUUCGUGCAGCUAUUUGAGCGUUUGAAGAAGCAGGAGGAGAACCUCUAAGACGCUUACACGUGCAAGUAAAUUCAAGGCAUGGACUCGUUCGUUUUCAUUCGAUGUAAGAACAAAAAUAUUUUGUCAAGCCAAGCUUCUCUCAAAAGAUGAAAAGUAUACUAUUUUGAAACUUCCAGUCAGGGAUAUGCAGGGGUAAAGCUGCUCAUCUCCCGCAAGAAAGGAUGCAAUGAUGCU